UUAGAUGACCGAGUAGUUACGGAAGUGAACGUAAUAUCUGCAAGUGUAACAAUGAGAACAGGACCAACAUUCGGCUUGUUUACAGCCUGUGUCCUGGUAUUUGGAGGUGGGUGGGGUGUAGUUGGGCAGAGUGUGGUCACACAAAAUGACGACGCAUCAGAAGGUACCAUCAGCUUCCAAACACCGACAUUAAAUGAUGAAGAGGCCCACAGUGUACACAUGCCAUCACACUUGAAAUGCGACGCGUGUACUGCAGUUGUCUAUCAGCUGUCAAAGGGUUUUGAUGAUUUUCAUGGCAGGAGAAAGUCUUUGAAGGUUAUUCCUGAAUCUGAGAUCUAUACCAUUGUUGAGGAGGUCUGCUCAGGGGAUAAACUUGACAAUUACGGUGUGAAGGAAGUGAAGAAGGUGAAGAGAUUGUCAGGGCCGGGUCUGGAGACAGCUGAGAGUCCAGGUAUCAUGGCAGGAGGAGGCAAGUGGCCAGAGAGAAUGAAGCGUAUGUGCAACCUUUAUGUGGAAGAGUUUGAUGAAGAGCGUAUCUACGCUGAGUACAAGGCUGGUAAGGGACGCCUACAGAAGCUGCUGUGUGCGAACACCAUCCAUUCCACACUCACCGAUGUAUGCCUAGAUCUGCCCUCUAGUAGCAAGAAAGUUACGUCCAACAAGACUGAGUUGUGAUGUGGUGGUUGUGUCAGAUUGUGGUUUGACAUGUAUGUUAAAAUAAUGGCAUGAUAUGUCCAUAGUUAUUAAUGGAGUUUAGUGAGGUAAUCUUUGAUUUUUUUCACAGGAUUUGAAAGAUUGAAUUACCUUGUUGCUUUGGUGUUUUUUUACAAUUUUGAUGUGUUAUCUUAACUGUUGAAUUUGUAUUUGAUUUAUUAAGCCGGUUGACCUAGUUGUGAAGAACAUUUUCUUUAUGUUGUAAACUAAUCUUGAGAAUAUAAUAAGACCAUAAAUGAUUAGAUGUUGAGUAAUUAAACAGCAUCCAAUUACACUAUACAUUCAAAGCCAUUCUUAUUUUUUUACAGUUUUUGUUCUGUAUUACUCUAUGAUCUUAUAAACUUAUAAAUGAACACUUAUAACCAUUUGACAGUUUAUCAAACUGAUGACUAACAUCGGAGUCAUAGAGUUUGGUGUAAAAAAUAUUACAAUGUUCUUUAUUUUUUGCUUAUAAUCGGCAGUAGGGUUAUAUUUCUGCUGAUGUGUUAUACAUAUUUCAUGAACGCCUGUUAAAAUGUUCAUGUUCAUAUUCUGAUGAGAUUUUGUCUACAGAGCUUUGUCACUACACUAAACCCAAAGUGCUUUACUAUUAUAACAUGUAAUUUAUUUAUAGGACUUAAGUUUAUAUAUACAUGUAUGUACAUACAUAAAGCUCAGCAUGUAUUAAUAUUGUACAUUGUUUCAAUGUUUCAUAUUAUUGAUUUCUAUUGUGCCUUACUCAGCCUACUUCAACAACCGUUAUUGAACAUUCCACUGUAGCAUCCUCAUUCAUCAGAGGUUUGAUAAUGAUAAAUCUAUGUGGUACCCAUAGCAUCAUGACUCUGGUGAACGAGAAUGCACUCUAGCUGAAUCAGUGUUUUCAAUAUACUCCCUGUCUUGUUUUUGUCUGGGAGUAUGAUAUUAUUGGUCUAAGCUUUCAACUUUACACUGAUAAAACCUAUGCUUUAUAUAUAUUGUAAAUAGUUGUCUUUUAUAUAACUAGAGGGUUGUGUGAUAAAUGAAAUUCAUUUUGUACUUGCAGAGCAAUAUAUCUUUGUAUUGGUCUGAAGUCCUUGUUUACAGAUGGAAUAUUUUAUUAUGAUUACUAUUUUCAUUAUUUUGCUUUGACAGUUUUUCUAUCAUUUAAUGCAAAACGUUAUGGCUAAGGGAAGGGGUGCAAUCAUUAAUUAGAAAUUGAGAAUAAGGAUAUUUUUCUAAUCAAUCAGCCUAGUGUAUAAUUGUUCAUUUAACAUUUGAAAUUAUGAUAGUUUGAGAACCUUAUGCCUCAUGAGUUCUGUUUUGUUUGACUUGGUGUAUUAAGAACAAAUGCCUUGACCUCUAUCCCCAAAACAUGGAGGUUCAGAAAUUUCUCAAGGUCAUAGGUCAAGUGAUUCUAGAGUGGUGCGAAAAUGUUUUCUGAACAUAUUGGCCGUGACCUUGAAAUUUGACCUACUGACUCCAAAAAUUAUAGAGGUCAUCCACUGGUCAACAUAUCAGUAAAUUUUCAUGGUUCAAUGUCAAAAACAGCUUUUAAACUAUCGUGUCAUUUUUUGCUUUAAGAUUGUUGAAUGACAUUAACCUUUCAACUGGUUUCAAAUAUUUGGGUCAUCAACAAGUCAAGGGCAACCUAUGAUCUAUGAAUUGGACCUAUUUCAAAUAGUUCUCAAGUGCAGACAGUUUGCCAAAUAAUAUUUGUCAUGACUUUAACAUGUACAUGUAACAUCUACAGACCUCAAAAGCAAUAGCAGCCAUCAAUGGGUCAAGUUUUAUGGUGUUUCAUCCAGUGGUUCUUGAGUAAAUAUGCAAACAGUUUCCUAAACAACAUUUGCUGUGACCUUUGACCUGCUAACCCCACAACAAUAGGGUUAAUGGAUUGGUAAAGGGCAGCCAACUGGCGGAGUUCAAUAGUCCUAUGUCAACCCAUUCUCUAGCCAUUACAGAGACAGACCUACCGGUCAUUGGUAACCUACUGGUGGAGUUUCAUGGUCCUAUGUCAAACCAUUCACAAGUAAAUUUGAGGACAAGACAUGGUCUAUCACCCAGACAACCAACCAACCAUUAACAGACUGACCCAUCAACAUUUGCAAACUCACUGCUUUGAAGGGAGCAUUUAAACAAUAUACACAGACAUUGUCACAUGUUAUAACCAUGUACAAACAAUAAACUUACUGUGGGGUAUCUCUUCAUCAAUUAUAGCUUUAAAAGUAGUAAUUUAUAAUUUUUAAUUAAUAUUUUUGGAAGAAUGUUACAGUUUUUGCUUGUUGUAUCUUUAACCCUAAAAAUGUAAUAGACUCUUGGUAAUGUACAAAUAUGUUAACCUAUUUCAGUCAAUUGUUUGGUUGCCUUACACCUAUUUGUCUGCAAUGUUUUUUUUUGAUUUCUGUGAAAAGGAAGCCUUGUUUGCCAUUAUUGUAUCUUUUAUACAUUUUUAAUGAAUUUAUGACUUACUUUUAUUCUUUUAAUAAAUAUUAACAU